UAGAAAUCAAAAUCCGAUCUGAUAACAACAGUCAUUUACCAAGAAUCACUCUCGUCUCCUUCUCCCACCAGUAACUGAUCAAUUUGUGAAGAACUUUCUGCGGAUUUCAAUUUUUCGCUUCAUCAAAUUUUCUGGGCCAUCUACGCCUUGUUGCGUUUUAUGUUCAUCGCCCACGCAACCCCUCGGAGAAAUUAAAUCAAGAAAACCUUUUUAUAGAUUACAAAAUUUUGGUUUUUCUUUGGAAAAUAACAUGGAUCUUGGCUGCAUUGAUAUGGGUUGCGUUGAGAAACCAAGAAAAGAAGCAUCCUGUGAGAAAGACACCAGCCCAAAAGAGGCUCCUAUCUCUGCUUCAAAGUCUGCAAAGAAGAGUAAAACAAAGGACGCUGUCCGUUCUAGCUUGAAUGCUUUGACCAAAAUCACAUCCCAAAUCUCGAAGCCCCCUCGUCGCAAAACCUCACCUGUAAAUUGGUUCCCAAGGAAAAAAGUGGAGCCUUAUUUGAAGAGGAAAAUAAAAAUGCUUCAGGAAGUGGACGGGAUGCAAUCAACUCUGGAUGAGACUCUUGGUGAUUCAAAUCCACACUACUCGCGAGUACUUAGAGAAAAGAUUGCAAUAAGAGAGGCUGCAGAGAAAGCUAUGGAGGCUCGAAAAUCUGCCAUGGUGGAAGCAUCUUGGUGUCGUAUACUUCAAGCAGCCAGCAAAGAAGCCGAAGCCCAGCUGGCAAAAGCAGAAAAAUCCGCAUCCGAAGCUUCUGAGGCUGCACGAGCUCUCGGGGUCAUCAUAAUGGACGAUGCACAGAACAACCACUAUAAAAUCGAGACAUCAGGUGGGCCCACCACCUCACACAGUGUCUUGGAAACUUUCGAGACCGCAUUCGAAAUCGACAAGCAAGUAGCUGCUGCAGUCAAAGAUGCUUUUAUUAAGCUCGCCAGUUGCCCGUCGUCCAUAAACAAGGAAGAAUUCAAAGACUUGCUGCGUAAAAUCAGUGAAAAUCCGGAAAAUGAUGAGAAUUUGAACAUGUCGGAUUUUACUGCAGAUUGUUGUGAACCGGGUAUUAUUGUGGACAUGAUGCUCGUUAGGCUUCGUUGCUUAAAAGAGGAAGAACUUUCUUCUCUGGCUACCAUAGUUGCUACCAGGGGUCUAAAUGCAGCUUUGUCUGAGAAGGGAAAUAUUAAUAAUAAUAGCAGCAAAAGGUAUUCUUUGUCAAGCUCUUCUUCUUCUUCUUCCACUGAGAAUGCCGAGAAUUCUCGUCUUAAGGCCCAAAGCAGAAUGUCAUUAGGUGGGAGGAGGAGUUUUUCUUCUUCGUCUGAUGCUGAAAUUCCUAGUUUAGACAAAUUUCUUGUUAAGCGGCUGACGAGGCUCGAAAGGGAUGUGCUGGAAGCGAAGAACGCCCGAAAAAAAGCUGAAGAUGAAAAGAAAUUAAUUAUAAGCAGUGAUGAAAAGGUUCCAGAUUUAGGAAGUGUUCUUGUGAAACAUGCCUCGAAGCUCGAGAAAGAGGUUGAAGGAGCAAAAACAGGCGACAACAGGAAGAUUCAAAGGGGCCCGCGUGUGAACCAAGAUUUCAGUGAGGUUCUUCCCAGCUUGGAUAAGUAUCUCGUCAAACACCUAACAAGGCUCGAGAGAGAAGUGGAAGAAGCAAAGAAUGGCGAAAAGACUGCAUCUUUUUCGACUGAGAAAAACGGGAAAGAGAAUGUGGACACGAACAAAACCGAAAAUAAGGACACGGGCUCUAAGGUUCGUCGUAAAGAAGGAGACUUUUCGAGUUAUGGCGAGAGUCUUGAUAAAGUUUUGGUAAAAAAGCACGUGUCGAAGCUGCAAAAGGAAAAGCUGAGUUUUUGUGGGGAUGAGGAAAUGAGGAUAAUAAAACCCAAGAGUAAAGCUGAGAGUAGUGAAGGCAGUUUGGACCAAGUUCUCGUCAAGCACAAGUCGAGGUUAGAGAGAGAAAAAAUACAGGUUUGUGUUGACGAGCAACAGAGUAAAGAAGGGGAAAACAACACGAGACAUUCUGUUUCGCGCAGAGAGGCUCGGGAGAGAGAACUUCAGGCAGCAUGGGGUGGAUUGAGCUUAGGAAAUUCGAUGAGGCCUCAUGCCGCAUGGAUGAAAGCAGAGGAAGAAGAAAGGAAAAGGGCAACGGAAGAACAGGCAGCAUGAAGUUUCCAAAGUACAUAGAUGUUGUGUUAAUACUUUCUUCUUCCCUGAUUAAUUACGCUUUUUUAUAUGUGUGUGUAAGAACUGGUAAAGGGGAGCGUAUUACAUUUGCCCAACCUUCAUCAACGGUUGAAUUUGUAUGAUGUUUUCAUUUUUUUUUUCCAAAACGAUAGAUAUUAUCUAUACUUAUAUUAAAGCGGGUCCUAUUUAUCAAAUUAAGUAACCAG